AUAUUUCUAAUCACUAGACUCUUUUUUUUUCUUCAUAGCUUUCCGAAUCACCAAAAGUUGUUAUUUUCCUAUCCAGCUUAAACUAAAGUUUUAAAGCAAGGCUGUUUGAGAAAGCAGUGCUACCGCAACAACAAUUUGGAAGGGCUAAAACAUUUGUGACGAUGUCGCGCGUGGAACCACUUUCGUUCAACGUUUAAGGUGUAGAACCCAAAGACGGGGUAUAGCAGAAAAAAAACUUCAGAAACCAACCAUUUCAGCCGUUGCCUUUAGGUCAUUAGUUUUGGUAUUUUGGUGUGUUUCGCUCGAAAUAUCUGAAGAAAAAUUAUCAUCAUUGGAUCAUCCUGUAAUCGACGUUCGUAAAGAUGGGCAACACCGUUACAAACGGUAACCUCGAGACCUGGGACGUCGUCAUCAUUGUGCUCAACUUCGUCGGCGUCUUCGCUUUCGGCAUAUGGGCAUCAUGUGGAAGCGGUAAAGAGAGCACCAGUGGGUAUUUCUUAGCAGGUCGACAAAUGCCUUGGUAUCUGGUGGGUUUAUCACUGUGGAUGACUAACAUUGGUAGUCGAUCUUUUAUCGGCAUAGCAGGUUCCGCUUCCGUAGGAGGAUAUGGAGUAGCGAUUUAUGAAUUUCAGGCGUUGAACUGUUUACUUCUGCUAGGAUUUAUCUUCAUUCCUAUAUAUUUCGCAUCUGAGGUUUCGACCGUACCCGAAUAUCUCAAGCAUCGAUUUGGCGGUGAUCGUCUUCAGAUGGCCAUCGCCAUCAUCAACCUCAUCACAGCGGUCGUCAUCAUGUUAGCGAGUGAGAUGUACGCUUCUUCCCUGGUGAUCCAGCAAUCCCUCGGAUGGGAUCUAUAUACAUCAAUCAUUGUUCUUCUUCUAAUGACGGCCGUAUAUACCGUAGCAGGAGGACUCAAAGCUGUCAUAUACACCGAUGCCAUCCAGGCUGUCAUCAUGAUGGUCGGCGCAUUUGCUCUCAUGGGAAUCGCCUUCUCGGAAGUCGAUUGGUCAAUGGAGACGCUCCGGUUGAAUUACAUGUCAGCCAUACCCAACACCACCCAGUUGUGGGGGAACACAUCGUGUGGUAUCCCGCAAGAGGGGACGUGGCACAUCUUCCAUCCCGCCGAUGACCCCGGUCUCCCUUGGACAGGUUCGGUCUUCGGGGCCUUGGUCCUUGGAUGUUACUUCUGGUGUACUAAUCAGGUGAUUGUACAACGGACACUGGCAGCAAGAAACGUGACACAUAGCAAGGGAGCAUGCAUCAUGACUGGUUACUUCAAGAUCUUACCAAUGUUCCUUAUGAUCAUCCCCGGUAUGAUCAGCCGAAGCUUGUGGCCAGAUCUUGUAGCCUGUGUUGAUCCCGAUACCUGCGAGGAUGUUUGCGGGAAUCCCGCUGGGUGCUCCGACAUUGCCUACCCGAGACUUGUCGUUCAGCUAAUGCCAACAGGUCUGCGAGGUUUGAUGCUCGCCACCAUGCUUGCCGCCAUGAUAAGUUCGUUGACCUCCAUCUUCAAUGCAGCCAGUUCCAUGUUCGUACUUGAUAUCUGGUAUAAGAUCAGGCCGAGGUCGACCGAACUCGAGCUUGUAAUUGUUGGAAAACUAUCUACAGUGAUCAUGGUAGUUGUUGGAGUGCUAUGGAUCCCGAUCCUUCAGGCCUAUGGCUCUGGAGAACUCUUCACCUACAUGCAAGCCAUCAACUCAUACCUCACACCGGCCGUCUUCUCAGUCUUUACUGCUGCCAUCUUGCUUCAACGUGUUAAUGAGACGGGAGCUUUCUGGGGAUUGGUGUGCGGUUUUCUGAUCGGUCUGACCAGGGCCAUCCUUGAUUUCGUCUUCGGCGUCCCCUCAUGCGGUCAGGUGGACGAUCGACCAGCAAUGCUCAAGAAUUUCCACUUCCUACACUUCGCAGCCUUCGUCUACGGUCUCACUCUCAUCCUCAUUGUUCUUUUCAGUUAUCUCAAGGACCCUCUUCCCCCUUAUAAGUUGGUACGUUUGACGUGGUGGACGCGACACUCCGAUAUACCAAGGGAACCAAUAUCUUCAGAAGAGGAAGAAAAACGACUCCAUAACGAAGCCAUUCGGAAAGAGAAACAGAAGCAAGCAGCUCUAGAUGCUCAGACGAGGACAGGGCUGAAAUGGAAAUUGUGGUACUUGAUAUGUUGCAUCACCACUUCUCCAGCCAACAUCGACGACGACGAAGAACCGGUUAUUGACCAAGACAGUGUGGACAAGGGCAAGGAGGCCGAUGGUGUCCGCCACAAGACCUCUGCCUAUGAGAACCCAAAAUGGGCUUUCUUUGCCUUGGUGAAUGGCGUAGUGCUGGCUGGUGCGUGCACCUUUAUUUUGGCGUAUUACGGUUGAUCAUAAUCCAAUACGGUUGAUCAUAAUCCAAUACGGUUGAUCAUAAUCCAAUACGGUUGAUCAUAAUCCAAUACGGUUGAUCAUAAUCUAAUAUACCUUUUUUAAAGGAGGAUGAAACACUAGAAAAAGAAAAAGAAAAUUAAAAAAAUCAAUGAAAUUUUUAGAAAAAUUGAUGUUUACUGAAACUUGCGUCGAUCUUCUUUGAAUUUCUUGUUUUCUUGCAAGCUGACUUAAUCCAAGGGUUUCAUUCUACAUGUACAUAGUACACAGACUUACUUGCAAAUUUUUUCUAAUAUGCUAAAAGUGUAUGUUUUGUUCUGCAUUUUACUGUAUAAUAGUUUGUUAAUAAUUUCCGUGAAUGGUAGAGGCUUUCAAAAACUUGGGGGUAUUAGUCACAUAUUUUUACCGAUCAAAUAAAUUUAAAGAAUAUAUUAUUUAUGUAACAGGUCUGAAAAUAUAUGUACAAAAGAGAGAGAUUUUCUAUGUGUAAGUAAAACUGAUCUGUUGAGAAGGUCCCUGAAUGCAUUGAAGCAUAUUGUCCCCGGAAGCAUUGUAUUGAAGUCAUCCCUUCAAUCAGAAAUACUUCUGAGGAGAUCCCUUCAGGGAAGUUCUCCUUGACCUUGGGUCAGUGAGGGUGAUCUUGGGAUAGCUUUCUUGAUAGCUUGCUUGACACAUGACCAAAUGAGAGGAAAAGAGACUGACCACCCUCUUGCUUUGGGGAGUUCAAGAUUUGAGUUACAUUUUGAUGAUCAAAUUGAAGGUGGUUUGAUUGGUCUUCACACUGUCAAAAAGCUGUAUAUGGGGUGAGUUUUUCAUAAUUAUGUUAAUGAUUCUUUUAAACAUUUAUUUUGAUGCAUUUUUGUGAGAUUUAUAAAUAGAAAGUACUUGAUUGCAUAAAUUAUUUGAUAUUGAUUGCUGUGAUAUGUAUAUAUGCUAUGAAUGUAGCAAGAAGAAUUUAUAAAUGAAUCCUCUCUGUUUUAUGAAUCGGAUGGAUAAGUAUUUGGAAUUAUUUGGUGGCAUUUAUGUACUAUUUGUUUGUAUAUUGAAUAUGUUUUGCACCUGUCAGGUUUUUUUUUUUAGAUAAUGUACUGUAAACAGAAUGAUUGUGUGUAAAGUACACAUAAAUAGAAAAUGAUUUAUUUCAUUAGUAUAAUUCAAGACUUUUAUCAAAGAUGCCUAUUUACAGUGGUUGAACCUUGGAUUCGUCGACAAUGCUAUGUAUGUGACUUUCAAUCUGCAUGUAGAUUUGUCCUUGAGAACUCAAGAGGGAUGAGUUAAUGUUAUAUGAUCAAAGACAAAUUAUUACAAAAUAUAUUGUAUUGAUAUUAGUGUGAUAAUUGAUCGUGUUUACUUUCUUGUUUAUGUAAUGUAUAAAAUCAUACUGUAUACAUAAUUUUUUUAUAUCGUUGGACAAUGUAUGUUGAAGGAUUAUUAGGAAUAUAAGAUGACCCAAAUUGCAGGUCAUGAAAAUGUCACUAAUUAUGUUAAUGCUAUAUUUCAAUUGAACAUGGUAAAAACUAGGUGACUAAUCUAAUGUAUCAUGCCAGUUUAUUUGAAGAAUAAUCAUAACAUUUAAUAAUUGGUUGACAUUUUUAUCAUCUUAAGCACACUGAGGUUUGAAUUCUUUAAGAAUACAAUGAUUCAUUAUUGUGUGUGAUGAUGAUGUAAAAAAAAUGAUAUACAUGUACUCAUCAUAUUAUUCUUUUUUUCUUUCAAGGGUUGAUCUACCCUCAAAAUAAAUA